AUGAGCGUAGUGUUCACGUCCACGAGACCGUCGAAGGGAGCAGCCGCACCCGUCAUCGACUCCAGUCUGGGUCUGCGUGCACCGGUGCCGACGGUGGUACCCUUUCGCAAACUACCACGUGCAGCGCUCGCUGGAGGACUUGCUGGAGCUAUCGUCAACAGUGUGCUGCACCCCAUCGAUACAAUCAAAAGCGUACGUCAGGCAGACACCUGGCGACGAAGCCAAAGUACCUGGUCGGUGUUCUGGCAGCUGGUUCGCGAGUCAGGACCGGGAGCGCUGUACCGCGGAGUUGUCCCGGCAGUUCUCGGUGCUGCCACCAGUUCCGCGGUGUAUUUCGGAACCUACGAGAGUGUGCGGGCGUUGCUUGUCUGGUAUGAACAGCAGCGACACUGCCGAGCCAAAACAGGCUCACAAGCAACGCACUCGGCGAGGGAUGCGCACCUGGUUGCUCGCUCCUUGAGCAAGCGUGGUCUCAUCCAUAUGAUUGCUGCUGCCAGCGGCAACGUUGUCUCUUCGUUUAUUUUCGUACCCAAGGAAGUGAUCAAGCAGCGACUCCAAACUGGGCGCGAGAGUACCGUCCGUGAGGUGUUCGCGCAUCAGCACCUGCGGGGUCUCUACUGGGGCUACCGAGCAACCCUGCUAAGAAACGUUCCCAAUGCCAUGUUGAACUUUGUGCUCUAUGAAGAGCUCAAGUUACGAAUAGGUCAAUUACGGACAGCGGUGCAGCAGUGCAUGGGUGGCUCUCGAACCCAAACGACGCAAACAACGGAAGCGUUCCCCACACUGGAUCUGUUGAUGGCGGGCUCCUUGGCUGGGGCACUUUCGUCUACACUGACGACACCGUUUGAUGUACUCAAGACUCGUUUUGGAACAGCGUCUUCAUCGGCUGUAGCGUCGCGAAGUCUGAUGUCGUUAGCAGCUGAAAUCCUUCGGCAAGAGGGCCUCGGCGGACUGUUUCGGGGCGUCGGUACCCGAGCGGUCUGGGCUGGAAUGUUCAGUGCGAUCGGCUUUACAACUUACGAGCGGUGCAAAGACUUGCUCGUUUCGCAUGCGAGCAGCUCGAAACGCAACGCGCACCUGCAGCUUUCAACAGGAAGACGACGACGACAACGGCAACAAUAG